UGGUGUUUUAGAACACAGAGCAAGUGGGACUGUGAGUGUGUGACACAGCAAAAGAGGAAGGGAGAAGGCAGUCAGCCAAAAACAUUUCUAAUGAAGUACAAACAAAUAAUGGGAGCUACAACAUAAAAAAGGAAUACUUUUAGAUUGUAUGGGAGACCAGGAGAAUAUUUGGAGAUCAUGGAGAGUGUGAGCACGCCUGCCGUGUUCAACCUAUCGGAUCUAUCAGUGGAGAUGAACUCGUCGUCUCGCCAGUGGUCUUACUCGGAGUACAGCGAGGCUGUGGCGGUGCUACUAGGCAUCCUCAUGGCCCUGCUAGUGAUGGGCAUCGUCUUUGGCAACGUGCUGGUCAUCACCGCCAUCGUGCGCUUCCAGCGGCUGCAGACGGUCACCAACAUGUUCAUCACCUCUCUGGCCUGUGCUGACCUGGUCAUGGGCCUGCUGGUGGUGCCCUUCGGCGCCUGCUACAUCCUGCUCAACACCUGGCACUUUGGCAGCUUUCUCUGCGAGUUCUGGACGGCGGCGGAUGUCUUGUGUGUGACGGCCAGCAUCGAGACGCUGUGUGUGAUCGCACUGGACCGCUACCUGGCCAUCACGUCGCCGCUGCGCUACCCGUCCCUGCUGACCAAGCGCAAGGCGAGCGUGGUGGUGGUGACGGUGUGGGGGGUGGCCGCCCUCAUCUCCUUCCUGCCCAUCCACAUGAAUUGGUGGGUGUCUGAUGAACCCGAGGCACUCAGCUGCCUGGAAGAUGCCCACUGCUGUGACUUCAACACCAACGCUGCCUACGCCGUAGCCUCCUCCGUCGUCUCCUUCUACAUCCCCCUGGCGGUCAUGGCCUUUGUCUACGGACGUGUCUUCCAGGAGGCCAGGAAGCAGCUGGAGAAGAUCCGUGGCAGCGAGGGGCGCUUCCACGCCCAGAUGAUCGACAACAACCAGGGGCAAGAUGGUGGGGACGGGAGCGGAGGAGGAGGGGGGAACGGGAAGAGACCUAAGUUCUGUCUGAAGGAACACAAAGCCCUAAAGACGCUGGGAAUCAUCAUGGGCACCUUUACCCUCUGCUGGCUGCCCUUCUUUGUGCUCAAUGUGGUGGUGACCAUCUGGAAGGUGGACAACAUUAAAAUGCCUUUCAGGAUAUUGAACUGGAUAGGAUACGCCAACUCAGCGUUCAACCCCCUCAUAUACUGCAGGAGUCCUGAGUUCAGGCAUGCCUUCCAGGAGAUUCUGUGCCUGAGAGGGGCUGCUUUCCCCACCAAUGGAUACAUAUAUAGGGGUCACAGCUUGCGCCUAGGCCCCAAGGACAGGCCAGGCAGUCUUUCACAUAACGCUGGGACCGUGGAGCUGGGGAUUGGCUCUCUGUCUAGUGUCACCAACAUAAACGGGUAUUGCAAUAAUCCUCCUCUUGACUCCAUUGUCUGAAGCGCAGGGUGUUACAAUGAGACUUGUCUUUCUCGUUUAGUCAGACCCGGUACGCAGACACGGGAUAGGAAAUGACAUGUGAAUCUCUUUCCAUAUUUAAAUGCGUUACUAUAAGAAUAUUAUUCUAGUAAUGUGUAGGUGAUUAAAUGUUUGUAAUACGUUUCCUCUUAAUAUUGAACAAAGUCUGCAAAAUACUUAGGGAGUCUAUGGUUUGCGGAUGUGAUCGUGUGUGUGUGUGUGGUUUGUGGACAUGAGUAUGUGCACAUGUUAUGUACUCUAGUGCUUACUCCUGUGUGCAAAUGAACACCACGGUUCAGGUACUAGGUUCAAGUAUUUCAAGUGCAGUUGCACAAACAUUUGUUAUAUUGUUCUAAGUUAAAACAAAUUACCUCAUCAGCAUCAUUUUCAAUUCAGCUCCUUAUCUUAAGAGCGCCGAGAACAAAUAAUGACAGUCUGUUUGUAUGUUGUAUGAAAAAUGAAUAAUGUUGCUAGUUGAACUGACAGUUCUUUACUGGCACCGGGCUGAAUGAGAUAGAAAUGCCAGGGUAGGAGAGGUAGGAAAGAAUUAACAAGCAGAACAAGAGAUCAAAUCAGGGUUAACAGUAAUAUCUGUGACCCCCAAUAGUGGCUGUAGCCAGCCCUCUAUCUGUAACACAUUCCAUAUUGAUCUGGGUCUCUCCCAGAGCCAGCUCAGGGACUUCUGUCUGUGUGAUUCUGUACACUCCCUCUGCCACGGCCCAGAAAUCCAACUCUCUGAUGAGGGACAGCAGGUGCACAUAAUCACAGGCAGGCGCUAUUACCAGCUACAACACGCACGUUGCCCCAUUCCUCCAACCACCCUUCAAUACCUCAACCUUCACCUCCCCCCUCAAUAUCGUCAUUUAAUAACUGAGGUUACAGACGCCUGUCCUGCCACCUCUCAGACAGUGAAUAAGGACACACAGACAGAGAAGUCUUUAAUGUGGACCUUACUUUUGUGACUCAAUAACCCCUGCAAGUACAGUGGUCAGAGCAGUAAUACCUCAAUGCUGGGUAGUGUGACCACCACUGUACGUCAUUCUGAUACCAAUAUCCAGCCAGUAUACUUAGUCUGUAAAGCUAUGUUUAGGGAUUGCUUUCACACUCUACCGUGCUCGUUUUCUUUGUUAAAUGAUUAGCGUGGAUACUGAAAACUGUUGCUGAUGUUACUGUGCUGCUCUCUGUUAUUGUUGCUCUUGUGUUGUUGCUGUGAAGUUUCAGUGUUUACAGAGAUCCCUGGACCAAACGUCUGAUUGGGGAUACAAUUAAAGUGUACCAUACAUUUACACAAUGUACUGACUAGCUAAAAGAUAAGGAAAUAAACCUCUACACUAUAGCUUCUGCAGAAUCUGCACAUAUUCUUGUCUAAGGAAGAUAAACUGUAAGAUUUUCAGAAGCAAUUAUAAGUGCCUUGCUCAAGGGCACAUCAACAGAUUUUUCACCUGGUCAGCUCAGGGAUUUGAACCAGAAACCUUGGACCAGCUACUGGACCAGCUACUGGACCAAUGCUCUUAACCGCUAGGCUAUCUGCCGCCACAGUAGUGAUGAAUGAUGUAGGAGUCUGGGUGGAUUUUGUCCAGGUGUUAAUGAAUAGAAACCUUGGUAUCACAUUCAGACUGUAAUGAACUAGGUUAACGGUGUAGCACACAGUGUACUUGCACCACAAUGUAUUCGUAGCCCGUAUCUCAGCAUCAUCUCAGCCAGCCAAGUGGAAAAAGUUAAUCUAAAAUGUUCACUUGAUGUAAAUGUUCAUAAUUUUAAAAGAACAUUCUUAGUAUAUAGGCCUAUGCUAAAUCCUAUUACUUUACAAUUGGUUGGAUAGCUAUGUGUGUGUAUGUGUCUGUCUGUAUGUGCCUGUGCUAACUGUAUGAGUAUGACUGUGUUUAGACCAUUUUUGGAGCUUUGAAUUCAUAGGAAAAGAUGAGGUACCGUGUGUGUUAACUCACUAACCCACCUCUUUUUUUAUGGACACAAGGACACUUUUGAUGCAUGUACUGUAAAUGUGAAUAAUGUAUUAUCCUUACAUCGCAAAAUGUUACCAUGAAUGCAUUGUCAGCUUCAGUCACACACAAAAGUAGGAGAGACAUGGUCUUAGAUAUUUACAUAUACAGUUAUUUCAUUCCACGGAAAACUUUUAUCAUUUGCCAAAUGAAAUUACAUUCUCAGUGAGUUAUCAAAGGCAGAAUAUUUAACAGUGGGAAUUUUUGCUAAAUAUAAUAUUUGCUGGAAAUAUUAACAUUUGAUUUUGUGAUCUAUGCCUUUUCAUGUCUGACAUGUGACAUGUCUGAUAUUCAACCCAUUUUUGUUACAUUCAGACCCGGUUCUGUGUAAAGGGUGAGAACCUGUCUUCCCUCUGGUAGUGCUGUUAACUACUCAGCAGACAGAAGGAUCACUCACCACUAUUUUGUAUGACAGUCUAUUGCUUAGGCCAAUGUCCUACAUUAUGGGACUGGACAUUGUGCCUGGAUUCCAUGGACAACACAACAUUGCACAUGCCCACAGACUUCCCUCUGCAGGGGUUAAAAAAAUCUGUUCUGGGAAGGAGACUACAGAGAUGUCAUGCAAACAGCUGCGUCCAUGUUAGACAGCAAGACUGGACUGAAGAGCAGCUCCUCUUUUUCACAGAUCAUGACCUUCUCCACUGUAGGGUGGAAUGGUGCCCCUCAGCACUGAUCAAAGGAACUGAGUUUACAUUUCUCAAUCUCUGCUGGCCUGAUAUGAGUCACAGUCUAAUGCCCCUGAGCGGUUCCCGCAUUGCAGCUUCCACACUGUAGCUAUGCCAUGUUGGUAAAAUAGUCCAAAAAAAAGGAACGUUUCAAUUGCAUGUACAGUAUAUUUCAGUCAUGUCAAAUGAUUCUGCAAGUGUAACGUAUUUCCAGCAUUCUGUAUUUGCUAUUACCAUUGUAAAGCCAUGGCUUCUUUCUGCAUUGUUGCACUUUAUCCGUCCGUGGGUCUGCUGCUGCCAGCCAGUGUUGUGGUUACUGUAUAUCUUCUCAUAAACAGAGGUGAUUUAUAUGGUAACUGGAGAGACUUCUACUGCUGACCAAGAACAGAAUCCGGAGGUGACAUUUUGUGGUGACGACAGCAUUUUCCAUGCUGCUUGACGGUCACAUGGUAUUUAGGAAGUAGUACAGCACCAGUCACUAUUACUCCAGGUUAUUGUUCACAAUUAUUCUUAUUUAAGGCUAGAAUCCUUAUUUAAAACAAUAACAAAUUGGGCACCCUGGCUGUGUUUUGGUAAAAAGCUGAGGGACGGGCAUGGAGAAAUGUAAUCACUCUCAAAAUUAUAGACAGAGCAAUGGAUGUAAGGACUGAUCAUCCAUGAUAUCAAUAUAAUAGUGAUAACAUUGUUUUGAGGCUAUACAGUGUUUGUUUAUGUUAUAUUGUUUACAAACAUUGGAGUAAAACAAGCUUGUAUUUUGGGUUAUAAUAGGGUACGACAGUUGAACUAAGCUCAUGAGGCACUUAUAUGUUAUAUUCUUCAAGAAUCAAUGGGUUUAUUUCAUUAAUAUAUAGGUCCAAAUGGAUGUAGCAACUAAGGAUUCUAGCUUAAAGGGUUACUUCUGGAUUUUGGCAAUGAGGCCCUUUAUCUACUUCCCCAGAGUCAGAUGAACUCGUUGACACAAUUUUUAUGUCUCCGCGUCCAAUAAGUUAGAGGUAGUUUUGCGAGGCAAUGCUAAUUUGUGUUAGCGCAAUAACUGGCGAUACUGUACUAGCUUCUAGUUAUUGCGCUAACGCUAGCUAGCAAUUGCGCUCGCGCUAGUUAGCAACUUCCUUCAAACUGCACGCAUAGACAUAAAAAUGAUCCACGAGUUCAUCUGACUCUGGGGAAGUAGAUAGAGGUUAAACUAAUGUGACAUGGUAUUUUUAUUUCAUAAAUUGUUUAUUGUUCUUAAAUGCUAAUAUAUCCUUUUUGAAGUUGUA